AUGCCUUUCACUUGCUCUGACAUCCUGAAGAUCUUCUUCGCCAUCUUCGUCCCGCCUCUUGGUGUCUUCCUUGAGCGAGGAUGCGCUGCUGACUUCUGGAUCAACAUCUUGUUGACCAUCCUGGGUUACAUUCCCGGCAUCAUUCACGCGCUCUACGUCAUCCUCAAGUAUUAAGCAAGUCUUGCCAAGGAUGAACCGAAGGAUGAGCGUACGACUUGCUAGUGUGCGGCAAGAGGUCAAAGAUGGACAUUUUCUUGGCAUGCUACCUCGUCCCGGGCAAUCAGCAUACCAUUCUGCGACUCUCAAGAUUCCCCCUCGCACUUGCGGUCAAGCAUUAGCUCAUGCCCUCGCUGCUUACUUCUGAUCGAAAUUCGACUUGUUCACGCCCGAAUAUCAUGAAUGGCUGUCUCUCUCUCUCUCCUAACGUCGAGGGGUCCCCCAAAUGGCGCGAGCGAUGGAACGCGAGCGUGAGGAUGUGCGCUGGCGUGUAAGCCAGCCUUGCCUGGAGGUUUCUCACGCUUUGAGUCUUGAUCAUGGCAUAGCGCG